AUGCAUGCGAACAGUCAAGGACGUACCGUUUCCAACAACUCUAAUACAGUCAGUCCCAUUCAGUCGCCUCCCACAGGGGAGAAGACACCUGUCCUUCCCUGUGACGAAGAAUCAUCUUUUGCUUCUGUAGAUGAUGUAUUCUUUUGCGAUCAGCAGCAGACUGUAAAUCAAGAAACUCAUUAUUCAGAUUCAUUCAAAAAAACGCGUUCCAAGGAUGAGUAUUCGAAUGUCGAAGGUAAUACGAAAAAAUCUAGUGUGAGAUCGGAGAAUAAGAAUUCUCAGCAGAAGGAUUCUUCUACAUGCACAAAGGACAAGUGCCAGAGUAAAAUCGCCGCUACCGAAAAAACUGAUCGUCAUAGUUUUCAAUUGAACCACUCCGGAAAGAUUGCCAAGAAGCAUACCUAUCUUCCAAAAAAUUUGAAAAACCCUUUUGCUCACAGUCAAAAAAAUAUCGUUCAUAGAAGCUUAAAGAAUUCAUUUGGUCAAAAUCAGAAAAAGGUAGAUAGCCAGAUAACUCAGGCGACUUUGAUUGAUAUACUUGUGGAGGACUGCCGACAGUGUGCGAUUGGAGAGAAGUCGGUUGCAUCAUUUUCCGAUGUUUCCAGUGAUGUCAAAAAAGAUAUUACUGACUGUAAAUGUAUUCCUACUCAGCCUGCAGAAAAAAAGUCUCCUAACUCUCAAAUUGAGUAUAAUGCGGCGGUAGACUACGACUCGAUUAAUACUAAAGACUGUAGACAGUUAUGGCGUUAUUACAAUAAAAUCUCAAUUAGAGAUAGCAUUACAAAGUUUAGAAGGCCCGAUACAACACAUGCAAAGACUACAGAGCUCACGAAGAAAGUCCCUUGGAACUGCACUUGUAGCAAAACGAAGAGAAACCUCGAUAAAUCUUUGGAACAGGAGAAGAAAGAGAUCGAGAGCAUUUACUCCUGCAAUGACGAAAAGCAAUUGAAGAAGAAAAAACCUGCUUGCAGUCCGUUGAAAAAAUUCGGUCGAUCGUCUCUGUCAGUGGGCGCCGACAAAAUUGCGAUAAACUUGCCAAAGUAUUCUCCUUGUGCAAGCAGAUUAGCCGCGAGCUCAAAAAUUCUGUCGUCUGAUCGAACAACAGAUCCAGAGAGUCCGCUUCACGUUCCACGCUCGAGGAGUCCGUCUCACGUCGAUGUACAAACUGAGAACAAUCCUUCGAAGCAUUCGGAAAAGACGUCGAUACAGGCCAGUUUAUCUCUGAACAUACAGCAGUUCCAAAAGACCCAAUAUACUUUGCGUAGUAGGAGUGUGGGUGACAGUUGUGUAACAUCUCCAACAAGUGAAGCAACUACCGUGAGUUAUUCGCCUACCGGCACAGAGAUAUUAUCCCUGGAAGAAGUCGGACCGCAUAUGUCACAUACAUCAUCGGCCGAAGGCUCGGGUAAUAGUUCAGAAGUCAAGGAGAAACUAGAUGCCGAAUGCUGUGACAGGGGCAGGAGAGCGACUUUAGAAACAAAGUGUUAAUGAAAUGUGGAUUCUCGACGACACGCCAAAUACGUGUUUUACGCUAUUCUCUCUUCCACGUAUAUAUACAUAUACGUAUUUUACGUAAAACGCUCACACAGUUCCGGUAUUCGCGCGUUUAGACCCGGUAUAGACCCGUUUCGAACUGUAAUCGUGCUAGUGAGAAACUGUAUACAGAGGCAAAUAUAUACGCGACAUACAUUUAUAAAAUUUAUUAUAUUUCUAGAAACGCGAGAGUAUACAUACUUGUGCAUAUUGAAUAUUCUUAUCUACAUAUAUACACAUUCAGACGCACGCGUAUUUGCGUACACGCGUGGAUAUUAAGAGUCGUUUUUGCAAAACAGGCUACAGAACGUUGUUGCGACAAUUGUGUCGAGUAUUAUUAUUUUUAUUAUCCUCCUUAAAGUUAGGAUCCAAUUCCCGUGUGGUUGUCGAAACAUUUCUUUGCUUCGGGAAGUGCGACGAGCAUUAAUAGCGUGCAAUGAAGAGAUAUCUCGCUGAAUAUCCGCAUGGUCUUAAUUUAUUAAAAAAUUAUCAUUAAGUUUUUUUAUUUUUAUGUUUUUAUUUUUAGCUGUAAAAAGUACACACACAGGCGCACACACACACUCACACUAUAUAUUCAUACACUUUCUAAGAAAAUUACUUCUUAUUUGCGAAGGGCAUGUAUACACUGACACACAUAUACAUAUACGAGAGUAGAGAGAGAUUAAAAAGUUUCCGACUAAGAAAAAAACAUUUUUGAAAUAAAAUUUCUUUCUCAACAUAGUCUCUUUUUAAUUUAAUAUCUUGGUCUAACAUUUUUCUAGACCUUUCAAUCUCUCAGUAUAGUCACUUUUGUCUAAACUUGAAAAAUAGUCAUUAACUGUCUUUUUAUUCCAGAUAGUCUUUUCUUAAAAUUAAAACGCUCAAGAUACGAUUAUGAAAGGUCUAACUGUUCACUGUUGAUCUCGUUUUUGAUCAACAGUGAACAAAUUUGGCACCCAACGCGCAUUCAGCUUUCACGUUCAUCUGUUGGACAAGUAUUGGACAAGUAUUGAAAUUUUAUUGGAACCUUGUUCUUUCUUGGUUCGAUCUUUUCAAUCUACUCACGUAUAUUAUAAAAAUUUAAAUUACAUAGAGGGGUUGUUUCCCAAAAUUUUUCUAAGUUUUUUUCGUUGUCGAACAGAUCUGGUUCAGCGAGAAAAUGCGGAUUUUUUCAAAUUGCAUGUUUUUUUGCGAGUGAUUGGUAUAUUCCCGAUAUCACUAAUGACGAACGAUAGAUAUAACAGUUGUAAUGAGGGCAUUUGUUCUUAUAUUCAUGGCGAAGAAGAGAAUUGGAGAUCUUCCAAGCUAAUUAAAGGUUUUAGCAUGCGGUGAUCACAGCGCAGUUUGAAAUUAGCAAACUGAAAUAACAAACUAACGACGAGUACGCAGUGCGUCCCGUAGGAAUGUUUUCGUCGGAAACUGAUUACGAUAAAAAUCUUGUCAACAACAAUAAAAAUGCAAAUAGCUAGGGACAAUAUUACUGCCAAACUUGACUAUGAAUUAAUUUCUAAGAAAGUGAGACAAUGCAUGUGAAGGACCUCGUCUAUAUAGGUACGUUUCUCGUUAGUAUUUUUAUAUCUCGGUAAUGUGUAAAUACAAUACAGUAAACGGAUUUUUUCUUUAUCGAUGUAUGCGAUGAUAUGAGGCGAUGUUGCGUGGAAUGCCAAUUGCGUAGAUAAUCGUGAGAUGCACUCUUUUGCGUAAGGCAAUUUUGCUACUUUUUAAGGCAUUCUAUAAAUUGUUGAUACUUUUUACCUGUCAAAAUUGUUUAUCGAAUAUCGCGACGUCAGUGUUCGCGAGGUAAAAAAGAAGUUUUAAGACGAUCGAUUUUACCUACUAAGAUAGGAAGUGAUACAUCGUAAGUGUAAGUCGGUUUUUACCGUUUCAGGCUACUUGUGCCACAAUGUCCUCGUAACUUGUUGGAAAUGUUACAAACGGAAAAAAACAACAAAAUGCGACAGAUGUACGAAAAGAAGAAAAUAAUGCAACUUAACUACGUAAAAGCAAGAUUUUGCUACGCUUCGCACAGCAUCCCUUUUUUUUACAACAAAGCUUCGUUCAAUCUACACGGUGAUUCAAAUAUCUGUAAUAGAUCUGAUGACGGGGACAUUCAAGCAAGAAUAAAUUAGCGAGGUAAUUUUUCAAAUAUUUUGUCAUGCAAUAAAUGAUGAAUACUAGACGUUACAAAUCUACUAAAAGACAUUUCUUUGGCGAAUUUAGAAUUUAGUUCUUUUUAACUUUGGAAAGUUGGAAAAAACACAAGAGAAUUUUAACUCCGUGGAAAAGAUUUUAGUUGUGAGCUAUAAUACAUAAGAAAUAAGAAUUUCACAUGUUGAAUAAUGCGCAUCAUAAACUUGAAUGAAACAUAUACGCUGUGAUACUAAGAUUUAAGAAUCUUAGCAAUUGAAGCUCAAGUUAAAUUUUUAUUAUUAAUCCUUGGCAAAUACUACAAGUUUUAUUACAUUUUAUUACAGUGGGCCUACAUCAAUUUAUCAAACACACUCGUUAAGUUAACAGAUUCAUAAAGAAAUAAUUUUAUAAUUAUCUUAUUUUAAGUAUAAAAGGUUAUUUUUAAUAUUUUGCUAUGAAUUACAAUAAAUUGUGAUAUUAUUGCUUUUAUAGUUAGAGAUCUAUAUGAUACUUGGUAUUUGUUGAGAGUUAAAAAUAAAAUUGAUCUGUAAUCGUUUAUAAUUCAGAAUUAUUCGGCUUAAUAUUUUAACAUUUCGUUACCGAAAAAUCGAUUUUAAAUUGGCUAAACAAUUUUUCGUAAAAAAAUAACGCACCAAAAGGAUAUGUCCUUCUAAUAUGCGUAUUUAUGGCUUUGGUCAUUUGUAUCUGGCAGAAUAAUAAUAAAAUUUCUCCUGUAUUUCUCGAAAA